UAGAUGAUCAUUGGCAGAGAGUACUAUAUUCUUUGACAGACUGUUAACUGACAUAAGCAUAACCUGUGCAUAAAUAAUUAUAACCUAUUACUGUAGGUAAUAUAUUUUAAACUUUAAUGUGAUUAUUAAUUCAAUUUUGAACUAAGAAAACUAAUUUUUAUAAUAAAAAAUGGCGACAAGUAGGCUAGAAAGAAUUGGGACUAUUUUUAGUAGAACUGAGAGUCUACUUCUGAAAGGACCAAUGAAACCAGAUGACAGGCCUUUAUGGUUCGAUGUUUACCGAGCUUUCCCACCAAUAGUAGAACCUAAAUUUGCAAGACCAAAACCAGAAAAUAAACCAAUUAGGCAGAUUCUAUACAAAGAAGAUAUCAUCAGAGUAAAAUUUCACGAUAAGGGUUAUGGAUUAAGUUCGAACAUGUUGAACUUGACUGGAGAAACACACACUAAAAAAUUAAUCCAAAAGUACGAGCAAUUAAAGUCUCAAGGUAUUCCCGAAGAAGAAUUGAUAGAUAAAUGCGCUUUAGGUGUCGAUAGCGAGAGACAAGAAGCUUCGAAAACAACUCCUAAAAAUCCCGACUCUGUCUCUUCUCAAGUUUUAGCUGAAGCUAAUCUUAAAAAUAUUUUUAAAGAAUAACUAAUGUUGAAGGAAAUAAUUAUUAUAUGUAUUUAUUAUUAUUUCAUAGA